AUGGGUCGCCGAGUCGUCUCCGGCGGCUGUCACCCGGCGGAGCGGAAAAAUAGCGACUUUGCAGCUCUCUGGGGGCUGUCACCCGACGGAGAGGAGCUGGAUGGAGGUGGGACGUGUGUCAGGGAGCUUCAUCCUUAGGUCCGCGCAGCAAGAGGAGGCUCUUCAUCGCAUCUGGUACGCUCUCAGGAGGUGGCGACUCGUCUCCUGGCGGAUCGUCCUCUUCCCGACGACGGCUUGUUCGUCGAUCAAUCGGAGACGAUUUACUCGAUGGAUUCGCGAUCCUUUUAUCGCGAAUCGUUCAGCAAUUUUAGUAGCAAUGCUCCGCGAAUCGCGUUGACGAGAUUUUCGCCGAUGAUCCAGCGAUUCUGGUUGCUUAAUCCUUCACCGGCGAUCUACAGGAAAGUCGCGAUAAUCAGAUAAAAAUAUAUGAAUUUUGACUCUGGGAGGAUUCGAACCCGCGCCGGUUGUCCGCCCCUAUUGAGGAAGGUGUGACGCGGGUUUAGUCCCACAUCGGUUGUGCGCCGAUUUUUCAGGCGAAUAUAUAGUAAUGUUAGCUUUUUAGGCAAAGUCCCUUCUCUCGCGUGUACGACCACUCCUUGCCCCACAGCCGGCUGGCCACCGGUGACGUGGAAGGGGAGUGGCGCACACGUGCCCCUAUCGGUCCAAGCCGCUCGAGCCCCUACUCGCGGCUGCUCCCCGACUGAGCUUCCGACCCACUUGCGGGCCUGGCUGGCCGGCGGGUCCCCCCCAUUUUGCAAUAUUUUAG